GCAGUUCAUAAGAAUGAAGGUUGAAACUAGAAUUAGGCAAAACAAGAGAGAAUGCAGUUGAAAACACUGGGGAUUUUGAUCCUGGUGUUACAUAAUGUUCAUUCAGGAUUGAAGAAUCUUACUGAAGUUAUGAGUUUAGUACACGAUCUUAUAGAAAAACAAAAUGUUCCAAGUAUAGUCACGGCGUACCUGUGCUGGACCGGAGAAAGCAAGAUGGAUUUUUUGAGACAUCUCUCUACCAGAAAUAUACCAACAAAGAUUAGCGGAUUUAAUAAUACGAUCACUAUCUUCAGUCCAAGUGAAUAUCAGAUUUUCUUGUUGGAUUUAGAUUGUUUAGGGUCUGACAAUAUUUUGAAACAGGCCCAGGAUCAAAAUUUGUUUGGUGACCCAUUCAGAUGGAUACUUUGGGGUAAAACGAAUCAUUCGUUAUUUCAAGACUUGUUUUUUGGAAUCGAUAGCAGAGUAUACUUAAUCGAUGAGAUUGACAAUGGUUACCACAUUAAAUUGUUAUACAAACGAGAAGAGAAUUGUAAAAUAUUCAGCGAGAAUGACAUAGCAAAGUGGAAUCCAUUUCAAGGUUUUAUACGCUAUGAUGAAUUUUCUAUAGCAAAAACCAGAACCGACUUAGCUGGAAUGAAUAUGAACAUAUCUUUUGUGAUUACUGAUCCGGAUACGCUGAACCACCUAGAAGAUUACAGGAACAAGCAUAUAGACCCUUUAACAAAGUUGAGUUGGAUAUUGGUUCGUCAUUUGAUGUCCUUUUUAAACGCUACUUCCACAAACAUUUUCCAGCCAACAUGGGGGUAUAAAAACCCCAACACAUCUUUGUUUUCAGGAAUGAUGGGUGAUCUACAGUCAGGAAGAGCUGAAUUGGGAGGCACAGCAUGUUUCUUAACAAUGGACCGAAUAGACGUGGUAGAAUUUUUUGCAACAAGCGUCCCUACAUAUAUGAAAUUCAUCUUCAAAGCUCCACCAUUAUCCUACGUAACCAAUGUUUUCACUCUUCCUUUCGACACUCAUGUUUGGUAUAGUUGUUUCCUGCUGUGUAUUCUGACGUUUUUCGUAGUUUUUGUUAUUGUGAAAUGGGAAUGGAAAGACAUGAUAUUCAGACAAAAAUUGGAACAAUCUAAUGCAACCUCCACGAUGCCAUUGCGACCUUCAUUUUUCAGUGUCGUGUUGAUGGAAAUUGGAGCCAUUACACAGCAAGGUACCGAUACAGAACCAAAGAGUAAUGCUGGGAGGAUUGCUACGAUUUUCACUUUCAUCGCUUUCAUGUUUUUGUAUACUUCUUAUUCUGCCAACAUUGUGGCACUGUUGCAGUCAACGACCGAGAGUAUCCGGACUCUAGAGGAUCUGCUCAAUUAUAGAAUAUCUCUUGGAGUUCACGAUAUAGUUUAUGGACAUUACUAUUUUGAGACUGCAGAAGAUCCUACCAGGAAAGCGAUCUAUCAGCAGAAGAUAGCUCCAAAAGGACAGAAACCUAAUUUCAUGUCUCUUGAGAAAGGUAUCAGUCGAGUUCAAAAGGAUUUUUUUGGUUUUCACGUGGAGACCUCUAUAGGUUACAAAGUAAUCGGUGAUACCUUCCAAGAAAGUGAAAAGUGCGGCUUGAGGGAGGUCACAUUUUUCAAAUUGAAUGAGCCUUUUUUCGCAAUGAGAAAAAAUACAACUUUCAAGGAAAUAUUCAAAGUUGGAAUGCGCAAAAUAUUGGAAUCUGGUCUUCAAAGAAGAGAAUCCGACCGAAUCUACGUGAAAAAACCCGUAUGCCACAGCAAAGGUAGCAAUUUUGGGAGUGCUGGACUAUUAGACUGUUAUGCAGCUUUUCUGCUCUUUGGCAUUGGCUUGGGCUGCAGUAUGAUUUUUUUCAUAUUUGAACUCGUUUUGAAUAAAUAUAAUGCGAAACGGAAUAAUAGGGUAGAACACGUUUGGAAGGAAGACUGUUGCGAUACCUCUUUGAACAAACACUUAUCAGGAGAUCCUUCAGAAGGUCACAAGUUUCAAGAAGUUUUUAGCAGUGACUUGAACGCUUUGGAAGAUCGUCAUAUCAUUUGUGAAUAGAUGUUUGAAUGUGUGGCUGAAACAGAUGAUAACUUAUUGAAUAUACAUG